AUGCUCCGCUUUGCCCUGUUGCUGCUUUUGGUCGCGGCCGUCGAGGCGAAGAAGAGCGCUUUGGUGGACAAGGGCGUGAACAUCAUGCUGCAAGCCGUCGGCGCGUCGCGUACGGCUGGUAUGAUCCGGCAGUGCAGUUGCCAAGAGAUGCAAAGGUGCAUCGCCCAAGAUGUGCAGACGAUGAACCGGUGCAGCGCCCAGUGCUAUGGCGCCUUCGGCAAGGUGACCCCCACCCCACAGGCCCUGAAGAGCUGUCUCGACCAGGGUACAACCAACCAGGUCGUCUCUUGCGUCACUUCGCAACUUUUCACUUGCGGCAAAACCGGUCAGACGCGUCGCUACAACUACCAGCGCUUCUACUCGACCGUUGCCCUGCAGGUGCAAACCCAGAAGAACGCGCUCACCAGCUCGUCGGCGCUGAAGAUGGUCAAGCCGGUAGCCAGCGCCGGUAUCGACUUUGGAGUCUGUUCGCUGAACUGCUUCGUGCGCUCGAGCCCCGACCGGUGCUUCGACCAGCUCCGUUGCCAGCCCACGGUCAACGAGGCUCAAAUCAGGCCGAUUGCCCGGAAGUGCUUCAAGCAGAUUGAAACCGCUGCCGCCUCAAAGUGCUACUGCAUGCUGAACGCUGGUGUUAGCUCUCUGAAGAACUUCUGCGGUCUUGCCUCCACUCUGAUGCAUCGCGGU